ACCGUAAAGGACAGUAGAAAAAAAAAAAAAUAUAUCGAGUCAAGUGUACGAUCCUUGACAUUCCUUUCUAAACCUGUAUAACGUAUAAGGUAUAUGCCUAUAACAUAUUACUGGAAAUUACGUCGAGAACUGUAGCCGCACGUGUAUUAUACAAAAUGCCAAAUUGACGCACGUGUGGGGCCCCACACGAAGCGUGAUAAAAUCGCGUAAACUAGUAUCGUACAUUCAUUGACACACUCGGUUUCGGAUAUACGAUCAGUUCGGAGCGUGCGAGACGAGACGCGGCGAGAAAACCUGAUUUCGAAGCUGAGACUGCGGCGAGUUAAAAACGCCGCAGCAUCAUCAUCACCCUCGUCAUCGUCGUCCUCGUCGUCAUCUCUGGCGAGGUGAGGUGCAUUACACUCGGGGCCGUCUGUAUCGUGUUCCGUGUGGACGUUUCGGCCGACCUGCAGCACUGCAGCACUGUCAUCUGCUUUCCGAGAAGGGUGCGGAUACCGACCGCGACGUGUAAAAGUUGUGUGAUGGAAUCUUGGUGUGCGCUCAGCGCCAGGAUACGUGGAUGUGUGGCGGAGUUAAGCGUUGAAAAUCGGAUGCAUCAGCGGGGCCAAGGAUGCCCUCGAAGAAGCAGUACAACCUCGUGCACAAUGACGAUUACGACACGAGAAUCCCGCUUCACAGCGAAGAGGCUUUUCACCGCGGUAUCGUCUUUCACGCAAAGUUCAUCGGGUCCCUCGAAGUACCGAGGCCAACGAGCAGAGUGGAGAUCGUGGCGGCGAUGCGCAGGAUCCGGUACGAGUUCAAAGCUAAAGGAAUCAAGAAGAAAAAAGUGACGCUUGAGGUAUCCGUCGACGGUCUGAAGGUGACCCUCAGAAAGAAGAAGAAGAAGCAGCAAUGGAUGGACGAGAACAAAAUGUUCCUCAUGAAUCACCCGAUUUACAGGAUAUUUUACGUGUCUCACGAUAGUCACGAUUUGAAAAUAUUCAGCUACAUUGCCCGUGAUGGAAACAGCAACUCGUUCAAAUGCAACGUCUUCAAGUCGAGCAAAAAGAGCCAGGCGAUGAGGGUGGUGAGAACCGUCGGUCAGGCUUUCGAGGUUUGCCACAAACUCAGCCUGAACUCGGCCCCGGAGGAUCGUGACAGAGGAAGGGAUCCUCUUCACCAGGACGACGAUUACGAGGAUCAGGACGAAACAGCGAGCGAUCGACCGCCGCCGACUCCGCCGCCGGUUCACAAAGAAAUUUCGUUACUCGCUCCGCCGAUAGACGCCGAGGAUUCUGCCCCGGAUAUCACAACCUCUUGCCUAUCGAGAUCCCAGGAUGCACCCGUCGUCACAGCAUCAACGACGCCCAUCAGACAAUCGCCGUCGCAAGCGACGAUGGUGUCUGACUGCGGGUUGCUAGUUGGAGGAGAGUUGACUGCCUUGAAGCACGAAAUCCAGCUCCUUCGGGAGCGCCUGGAGCAGCAGAGCCAGCAAACACGAGCGGCGGUUUCCCACGCCCGACUCCUUCAGGACCAGUUAGCAGCAGAAACGGCAGCUCGAGUGGAAGCCCAGACACGGACGCACCAGCUCCUCGUCCAGAACAAGGAACUCCUGGAGCACAUCGGCGCCCUGGUGGGACACCUUCGGGAGCAGGAACGCGGUGGUGGCCACGUGACUACCGGGCCCCAAACGGCCCCGGGGGCCCCGAUGUCGGCGACAACGACCGUCCCUGACCUCUCGACCCUCGGCCAGUCUCAUCGAGCCGGGGCUCCAAGUUCACCCUGGGAGUUGGACCCACCUUCGUUCGCUUUCUACUCUUACCCAACGGAGUCGAUUUACUCACCAAACGCGACCGCCGUCCUCGGAAGCCAAGGGUUCAACUCCUCCAACGAGCAGCUCCACUUCCAAACUCAGCUCCUCGAACGCCUUCACAACAUUAGUCCCUAUCAACCUCAGCCACAACGAUCGCCCUACGCUACGCCUUCGCCUUACCCCAUGGGAACGGGUCUUCUUCUACCGCCAAACAACUCGAGACAAACGAAUUCAACGCAGGUAUCCCCAAACUCAACAUCUCUCAGGGUCUCUCAGGCGAACAGCUUCUCACCGUCUCCCGUGAUGCUGCACAGGGGUGAAAACUACGCUUCUUCAAGUUUAGAGAGUAACAUUGAAGACCAGCAGCAGCAGGCCGCGGCGUUCAUCAAGCCGCUUCCCCAGGGUUUGCAGUCGCAAUCUGAACUGCAGCUCGAUUCCCCGCGGCUAAGAAUACCUUCAACGGACUCGCAGGAGCCACCGCCAAUAAUCCUGGACCCUCCACCGCCGGGAAGACGUCCGAUAUCGAAGAACAACGGGCGUGGAAACGGUCUGGUGAGGAUCACCGAAGGUGUGAAAAGCGGGGCUGAGGUGCAGACGAAAAACGAACAGGUCGAAUCGGUCGCCGGAAAGUCUCAGGAGGGCCAAAAGCACUUGGUGCACUUUUUGCGGACACCCGGACCGCCGCCCUCCAGGACUACAAGUGCCAAGCUUCCGUCUCGAAGCGAGCCGAUGAGCCACGUGCAAAGGUCAGCCUGGGCUCGACACACGACUAAAUAACAAUAACAAGGAUUGAAUAGCAAAAA